GCUCGAACUGUUGCGUAUAAAUAAAUAUCGCUGAACAUACAGGCGAGAUAAUUAUGUGUAUGUAAGCUAUUAAUAGGACGGUUUUUGUUUGUUUUUCGCUUUGAUGUUUCUCGCGCCGGCAGCGGUCGUAUCCACACUAAAAAUAAUGUAACCGAUGUACGAAUGAACUAUAUUUGAGGAGCAGGUAGUCGCCAGCUAAUAUUUUCGGCUUUAGUACGGUGCGCUGAAAUAUAACGUAACAUUCCUUCAACAUUCUCUUUCGACGGCUUACAGUCAUUCACUGUCGUCUAGCUAGUUAAACUUGAGAGAAAUAUUUAAUAAGUUAAAAUGAAAAAUAAAUUUAGAAAUACGGACUCGAAUAUUAAGGCGGGUGAUCUUCUGUUAACCGAACAGCCGUUCGCGUUCGUGUUGAUGUCCAAAGAAAAAGGCAUACGCUGUGAUAACUGCCUAGAAAAGGGCAAGGUGCUGAAAUGUUCCGGAUGCCAGUUCGUGCACUAUUGCGGGCGUGCGUGCCAGAGGGAUGCGUGGAACGACCACAAGUGGGAAUGCGCCAACCUGAAGCGUGUGGCGCCCAGAGUAGUUCCAGAUGCCGCUCGAAUGCUGGCCAAGAUCAUCAACCGUCUGACCAGGGGCGAUGGGAACUCUCAUAGGUCCUUCUACUCUGCCACUGGAUUCAGGAUGUGGAAAGAUCUCAUGUCGCAUUACUCGGACCUGAAAGCGGAUAAAAAGAGGAUGGAGCACUUUUCCACACUUUGCGUAGUGUUGUUUGAGUUCCUGCGAGACAUAUCACUUCCGAACACCGUCGAGCUUAUGGGAAUAUACGGAAGGAUGGUGAUAAACAGUUUCACGAUCCUAGAUACAGACAUGAAUUCAAUCGGCACUGGCGUGUACCUGGCGUCUUCUAUAGUAGACCACAGCUGCAAUCCUAACGCCGUCGCCACUUUCGACGGCAAGACCAUCAACUUAAGGGCACUCACUGACCUACCUUGCUUGGACUGGGACCAGAUUCGCAUUUCGUACAUAGACCUAAUGUACACGCCUUACGAGCGACAGACGGACCUACUGGAGAACUACUACUUCCUUUGCCAGUGUGAGAGGUGCUUGGAUGAAACUCAUAUUCGUACGGUGCACGCGGCCAAGUGUCUCAACCUAGAAUGCAAGAACACAGUAAACAUUCCUUGGAAGGGCUACCCUUUAGUGAGAAAGGAUAGUAAACAUGAGAACGGGGGCAGUGUAAACGGGGAUAGUGUAAACAGGGACGGUGUGAACGGGGAUAUAGUGAACGGUGAAAACGGGGUGGAAGACUUGGCUGAUGACAUAAGGUGUGACGAAUGUGGGACCAAAUUCACAGAGAACCGCGUGAAAGACUUCCAACGUGCCAUGGACAUCACUGAGGUGCAUCUGAAGGUCAUGAAGGAUGCUGCUGUGGCUUACGUGGACAUAUGCCAAUACUGUCUGUCGCGGCAAGGCGCGCUGCAUCCACUGAACGUGCUGCGCGCGCAGACGCUCGACCACGCGUUCGACGCGCUCGUACUCGUGCGGCUGUGGGAGCGAGCGAGGGACAUAGCCGAGCUGCUGCUGCCGUGCUUCCGAUUCUACUACGGCGAGCGUCAUCCCCUCUUAGGCAUUCUCCACCUCAAGUACGGCAAGAUCCUCCUUUACCAAAUGGACAUGCCGAAAGCCCUAGAACACUUCAAAAGCGCUGAGAAAAUACUUAAAAUCACCCACGGAGAUAAGCAUCCGCUGUAUAGAGAGCAACUUAUGCCUAUUAUGAGACAAGCUAUGUUAGAAUCAAGUUCUUAGAUGUUCUUUUAAUAUAUUAAUAGUCAAUUUCGAUGCAACUGCGAAAGGUAUAACCACAAAAUUGAAAUUUUGAUAAAACCCCCGACCGCGACAUAGUGGACCGAUUUUCAUGAAACAUGGCUAAGAACACUCCCGACUAACUCAGCUUUCAAACAAAAAAAAAACUA